UCGCGCACAGUUGACAGCAGCGCCUGCACGGGACAGCUCGCGCACAGUUUCUAAUCAGUCUCUCAAAGUGAAUUAAUGAUUCGUUAAAUUCUGUUUGUAAGAAGGAAGUGAGAGUUAACGAGAGGAACACGUCAACAGAGGGUUCCAUGAUUGCAUUUUAAAACUGUCUGUGGGAAAAUCUCCACCAUUAUUUGAGCAAUAUCCAGUAACACUUCAAGGACAGGAACCAAAGAGAUACAUCAUCGACUGGCUGUGCAUUAGACGAAAGGCCCUGAAGCAAAGGAAUACACAUCUAUACAAAGGGAACGGGAGAACCAGCAAACUCUUACGUUGCCUUCUCCUGUGAUUCCUCCCCUUGCUUAGGACUUUUACCGAACAUGUGUCAGGAAAGAAGGUCAACACACAAGUGAAGAUGAACCCAUACGUCACCUCUGACUUUAGGAGGGAUCUCUUUCCCCAUUUCCAUUUGUUGUAGACUUUAAUCUACCCUGCUGUUACUGCUUGAUGGACUUCUGCCAUAUUGGUACAGUUAUAGCAGUCGGUCAUGGGUGAAUGUUUUUCAGUUCUGUACUUGCCACAGCUCAGGGUUAAAGUUAAAGGCUUGAUUCUGUCCACUAAAGAGACUGGAUGUGGAUUCUUUGACAUGAUCCACUUGUAGAGUUCUCUGGAAAUGGUUGGGCAAGGUGAAUCUUUUUAUUUCCAGAUGUAUUUGCACAUUUCAACUUUAUCAGACUCAUUUGUAUAUUUUAAGGAUUUCUGCAUUCUGUUUGACAUUAAUUCAUGGUACCCUCUUAAAUGUAUUAGCACAAUGUAUCUGCAUAUGAUGAUCAUCUCUAUUCUUUGCAGAAACCCUCUCUGAUGGUCAGGUAGCCAUUUGUGAUCGAGUUCAAACAGGGAUGCUGAGAAGGAGACAACAAACCCAGUUAUGGUCUCUGCCACUUUAGUUCACAACUCCUCUCCUUCCUUGGUUUACACCUGAUCUAUCAACCAUGGCACCAGACCUCCAGAACAAUGUAGAAAACUUCUCAGGUGACCUGUGUACUUACCUUUUCCUUCCAUAUACAUCUGCCACUCCACUCUAAAAACAUGAGUAAUGUCAGAGAUAGAGCAAAGUAAUCUCUCUCUCUUUUUUUUUCUGCUCUUCUUCGUAUGUUUUGUCAGGUGUAGACGAAUUCUCAGCUGUUAUGCUGAGCUGUAAUGAGGUAUGUCUGUCUUGAGAGACUAACGGUUGCAGAUGAUUGUAGUUCAGGUCAAUAUUAUCAAUGCAACUCUCAGUACAGAGUCUUCAUCAAAUUGACAAUGGCCAUCCAACAUAUAUGCAGACCCUGUGAAAGAAAAUGUGAAACUGUUAAAGCAGUGACAUGACUGCACAGGAGAUGGCAAACAAAACGUGUCAGUUGGGCCUUUCAUGCUGGGAAAAGGUCACAUUUCUUUGACCUGUGAAUUGGAACGUCUAGUCGGAUAAAGCACACAUAUUGUGUUUAUCACCAGUGUUGUCAUUUCCUUAUCUAAGACAUAUUGGUACAAAAUUAUACUUGAUGGAGAAUGUCUGUAAGAAUUUCAUUUUCUGAAACUGCUGUAUUCUUUGUUUCCUCAUGCCCAUACCAAGGGGUUGUGAAACUAGGAAGAACUUUGAUCGUAAGAAUUUGCAUGUUUUUAUUUAUUUUGUUUUGUCUUUUAUGCAUGAACAAUUUUAUCAUAUCAUCCUGUUAGAGGUUCAUUUUGUAUGUCUCGUAUGUCCAAUUUGCAUCUUGUCACAAUAUUGUGAAAUGUCCCCUACAAUGAGCUGUAAAUCCUUGAAAUGUCUCCAUCCCCAUUCUCUUACUCCAUUAUAUUCUCAGUCGAUAGCUUUAAUGAAUUCAUGCCUGCCCGAGGUUUCCUUUUUAAUGAACUGAACUGAACCACUGCAUGCUCUUGAUGUCUGUUGAGGUCAACCCGGCCCUACUGCUCCUCGUCAAACCAAUUCUUGUUCGAGAAAUAGAUUUCUUUGGCUACUGCAUCUUUUAUUUCAGCUGUGAUUCUAACUGAUUUGUUAAAUGAUGCACCUCUGGAACUACGUCAAGUCAGCCCACUUUUUGCUGAGGUAUCUAUCACUAAAAGGAUAGACUGCACUGAGAGACAGUUUGUGGAGAGGACACCCAAACAAGUGACUGACUAUGCCCUAGGAAGGAACUGUCCUCUGUGUAAUCAUUUGCCAUAAUGGACCUGCAAUUAUCUCUUCAUUAAGGAUUGAAAGACUGAAUGUUUUGUCAGUUCCCACACUUGACUUCAUUGAAUAUCAAGCUGCUUAACUGCCACAACACCUGUAAGAUCAAGGCUCAUUGAGAAAUAGAGAGAAAGUGUGAAGUUCUCCAUAAUAGAGAGUAGACUUAAUAGUACAUGAUGGGAGCGGCACGAGUAAAACGUCGCUUCAGUGCUGUGGUGGAUGGGCCAGUGGAGGAGGAGGAGGUCAUGAGGCUGGCACAGAGUGCUGCAGAUACAGCUAGGGCAGGGGGGAGCCCCACAGGGUCAGGGACCCCAACCAGCUCCCCGACCCAUGCACUCAACGGCAAAGCUCUACCUCUUCAGAGCAACACCAACAAUGCACGGAGGCAGAGUGCCAUUAGAGAGUCAGUUGGGGGAGAGGCAGGAGGAGAAGAUGGGGUGAGAGCAGGAGGAAAGUGCCCAGGUCUAAGGAGUGGAAGAAGCGGUGGUGGAGGAGGAAGAGGGGAAGGCCGUUCAUGCUCAGACAAGGAUUCACUCUCUUCCCCCUCCACUAUCAGCCGCCGGCGUGCCAGGCACUCAAACCGUCGGCCCCGACAGCGCUUUGUGGGCAAGGACGGACGCUGCAACGUCACCUUCGUCAACAUGAGCGAGAGGGGCCAGCGGUACCUCAGUGACCUCUUCACCACGUGUGUGGACAUCCGCUGGCGCUGGAUGCUUGUCAUCUUCACCCUCUCCUUCCUUCUCUCCUGGCUACUCUUUGGAUUUGCUUUCUGGCUCAUUGCCUCCAUGCAUGGGGACUUCUCCAUUCGGCUAACCCCCAACUCAGGUUCCUCUCUGGGAUCAGGAGAGGCCGGUCCUGGAGGAGAGUCUGAUAGAGAGUCAGUUGUUGAGGAAACUUGCUUUCUCCAGGUGAACAGCUUCAUGGCAGCCUUUUUAUUAUCCUUGGAGACCCAGACAUCCAUCGGUUACGGAUUCAGAAGCGUGACCGAAGAAUGUCCCCUGGCGGUGGUGGCGGUCGUUUUGCAGUGCAUUGUGGGCUGCAUUAUUGACGCCUUCAUCAUCGGGGCAGUCAUGGCAAAGAUUGCCAAGCCCAAGAAGCGCAACGAAACACUGGUGUUCUCUGAAACAGCUGUGGUGGCACUAAGGGAUGGGAAACUCUGCAUGAUGUGGAGGGUUGGAAACCUACGCAAGAGCCACCUGGUAGAGGCCCACGUCAGAGCACAACUACUGAAGCCAAGGGUUACGCCAGAGGGAGAGUUUCUGCCACUGGACAAUGUAGACAUCAACGUGGGUUUUGACACAGGCACUGACCGCAUCUUCUUGGUCUCGCCUGUCACGAUUGUCCAUGAGAUCAAUGACGAGUCUCCCUUCUUCGAGAUGGACCGAAAAACACUGGAGACUGACUCUGAUUUGGAGGUAGUGGUCAUACUCGAGGGUAUGGUGGAGGCAACAGCCAUGACCACACAGUGCCGAAGCUCCUAUCUGGCUUCCGAAAUCCGCUGGGGACACCGCUUUGAACCAGUGCUCUUUGAGAGGAAAGACUGCUACCAGGUGGAUUAUUCUUUCUUCCAUCGGACAUAUGACAUCCCUAACACACCUUCAUGUAGCGCUAAAGAGCUGGCAGAGGAAAAAUACAUCCAAAGCUCAAACUCCUCAUUCUGCUAUGAGAAUGAAGUGGCUCUGCAACUUGCCUCCCCUGAUGAGCCUGACCGAGACCCUGAGUGUCCCCCUCCACCCCCCCGAAGGCCAUCCCUGGCAGAACAUCUCCACUACAACUGAACUUGAUAGACAGCCUAGAUGGCCUCAAGGGAAAGACAAAGGGAGUUGACCCAGGAGUCAAGAGGACGUUAAGGCAAAAAGAGAGAGGCUUAGACAGGAAGGAAUGAGCAAACCAAGAGAGAAAGGUGAUUCAGUGAUUAGACUGGAAAGAAAGUCUAGAAUAGGGGCAGAUUAAAAGAUCCAUUAGAAGUUUGCCAGAUUUAGAUGAGUAUUAUCAUACAGAUUAGAUGUUUCAAAGAAACAAAGGAAAUGGACGGAUAGAGAGAGCGAGUGUCAGGUUUGGUGUCAGUCCAUUGGGGAGGUGAGUUACUACACUGACCUAGUUGUCUGAUUGGCCCUGGCAAUCUUUCAUAAUCAUCAAAACUUGUCUGCUAAGUCUCACAUCUGGCCCUUCACUACCACAGCACACUCAUCUGGCUGUAAUGCCGGACUGUCAGGGUAUGCAACAGCACCACAUGGUGGCUGUAACCCGCAGAAACACCUCAAAGUUUUUGUGAUCCUGGAGAAAAUUCGGACCUAUUUCAGAUGGCUUCUGUGUGCAUGGUAGUGUACUAACUACUCAGGAAUGUAUUCCACGAUGAUGCUGACUUAUCACUUUAGUGUUUUAUCUUCUUAAGGUAAGUAUGAAUGGUGCACAUUUUAGGAUACUUGACCUCGGUGGGUGUUGAGAAUUCAGGUGGUGGCUAAUCUACUUGUAGAGCCAAAGCGCGCAACAGUAACAUGGAGAAACAGCUGAAAACUAGCAGCGGCUUUGAGCAGUUUCCUCCCCAUGUACUGUAUGUUGUUUGUUUUUUUUGGCUGCCAGGUUCAUUGAUUGUAACGUUUGCAUCAUUUAAUCUUUAUUUAUUCUGCCAUUUUUAUUGGUGUUGGCCGUGUUGGCCAUGAUGUUGGCUGUGUCCAGACCAGUAAAUCACUUUCUUUCUUGCACUACUAACUACAGUAUAUAUUCAUGUUCUCUGUUGCUCAAAUCAACCACACUGUGUUGUUGUGCUCUGUUACUUUUGGUUCUCUUAAUUCUUGACUGCUCUCUGACGCUAUAAUCUUUUAAGUUUCUUGGCACUUGGAGGACCUUUUGAUGUUUCGGGCUGAAUCCAAGGCAAAAGGAAUUGACUCUCAUUGACUAAGAACACGCUGGAGGCCUGCAUGCCCCUCCAGCGUCACUAGAACAAGUUAAACUGGGUGCAUGAGGUGUUAUGAUGAAGGGUAGGAAGGAUGGCUGUAAUUCUACAUCUCAGAGUUAAAUAGCUGUCCACCAUCUAUACAAACCAAUGAGGACUGAAAUGUAAACUAUAGAUGACAUUCAGAGUAAAGUGUUCUGUAUUUUUAUGCCCAUAAAAUCCUGUGACAACUUCUUAAUUCUAAUGGGUUAAUGUUGGUUUCUCUCUCACAAAAUGUGAGAACAGUGUCGUGGGUGGUGCCUUUAUAACAAACCACAGAUUUUGCAUCUGGCCCUUCAUCUGCAGUAAUUAAGCUUCAACCACAUUGUAAGCAUGAGGUUAUUUUUAUGGUAUUCAUUAUAAUGUGUUUUUAUGCAAGAGUGUUUUUUCACCUUAAUAUUUGCAGUAUAUUGUUCUCUGUUGACAAAACGUCUCUGCAAAUAAUUACUGUGAAUCUUCUCAGUGACUGAGUAGUAUAUUACCAUGAGCUGAUAACAGAUAGAUGCUUUUAUCUAUAUAAGCUAUAGAAGGUAGACUGUUAUAGUUGCCCUUUGUACGUAUAUAACAAAGCACCUGGGAUCUUCUUCCUGUAAUAAGUUACAGUACAUUAUGCUACCUGAGUAUUUGACGUGUUGGUAAAAGAAGGAAGGCGUGUCAGGAAUGCACCGAGAUACUAAGUAUUGACCAACAAUCCGCCCGUCUAAAGCACAACAUGGGAAGCUGUUCUUUGUACUUUGCCAUUCAGUAAUCUACGGAGACUAAUAUAACUGGUAAAAAUAAAGCAGCACAGGUUGGCCUCAAUGCAUCAGUAGCAGUGUUCGAUUGGAGUUACUGAAAAGAUGUUCUGUGGAAAGCUGAGGGGGUUGAGGCAUAGACGACAUAUUAUCCGUUAUAAUUAACGUCACUGCUGCUCGGUGUUUGUGUCUUUGCUUCCACUUCUCCUUCAUGGCCACUAUGUUCUAUUAUUAGGCUGCACGUUGGGUCAUGACGUUCACCCUGUCUCCAGUGAAAUGUAACUCGAGCUUAAAGCACUGUCAUUAUCAAGUACUUUUAAAUGCCUCCAAAAGAAAUGAACAGUUGGGUUUAUUUUUGUAAUUUCACUACUCAUAUUAAUAAACAUAAUACAUUUUAAAGUUGUGAGUAUUUAUAAUAUACAUGCAAAAAAGAUAUGGCUAUUCGACAGAUAUUUUAAAUAUGAGAUGAAAACAAUAAAAGCUGUAGCCACCUUUCCUUGGCUAUUUUUUUUUUAUGGGACACCUCUCUGCUCCAAUGUAGAAAUGUAAUUUCAGAGCUGCCACAAGCACGGCGCACUUCCAAGUGAAACUAAACUGUUGAAGAGCAAAUAAAACGGGGACUGGAUGCAAA